GUCACCUUAAUAUUUCCUCACUUCAUCCUCUUUUCUCAAAGCUCUCGAGGCCCUGUAAUCGCGCGAGCUUUUCUUUGUCUCUCUUCGGUUUCUUCAUUUACCUUUUCACCAGUUUCAUCCUUUAAUCAGUCACAAUGGAAGAAGAAGUUGCUGCCCUCGUUAUCGACAAUGGUUCCGGUAUGUGCAAGGCCGGUUUCGCCGGUGAUGACGCUCCCCGAGCUGUUUUCCCCUCUAUUGUCGGCAGACCCCGUCACCAUGGUAUCAUGAUUGGUAUGGGUCAGAAGGACUCCUAUGUUGGUGAUGAGGCUCAGUCUAAGCGUGGUAUCCUGACCCUGAGAUACCCCAUCGAGCACGGUGUUGUCACCAACUGGGACGACAUGGAGAAGAUCUGGCACCACACCUUCUACAAUGAGCUGCGUGUUGCCCCCGAGGAGCACCCCGUCCUGCUCACCGAGGCCCCUAUCAACCCCAAGUCCAACCGUGAGAAGAUGACCCAGAUUGUCUUCGAGACCUUCAACGCUCCCGCUUUCUACGUCUCCAUCCAGGCCGUUCUGUCCCUGUACGCCUCCGGUCGUACCACCGGUAUCGUUCUUGACUCCGGUGACGGUGUUACCCACGUUGUCCCCAUCUACGAGGGUUUCGCUCUUCCUCACGCCAUUGCUCGUGUUGACAUGGCUGGUCGUGAUCUUACCGACUACCUGAUGAAGAUCCUGGCUGAGCGUGGUUACACUUUCUCCACCACCGCUGAGCGAGAAAUCGUUCGUGAUAUUAAGGAGAAGCUCUGCUACGUCGCUCUCGACUUUGAGCAGGAGAUCCAGACUGCUGCCCAGAGCUCCAGCUUGGAGAAGUCCUACGAGCUUCCCGACGGUCAGGUCAUCACCAUCGGCAACGAGCGAUUCCGUGCUCCUGAGGCUCUGUUCCAGCCUUCUGUCCUUGGUCUUGAGAGCGGUGGUAUCCACGUCACCACUUUCAACUCCAUCAUGAAGUGCGAUGUCGACGUCCGAAAGGACCUGUACGGCAACAUUGUCAUGUCUGGUGGUACCACCAUGUACCCCGGUCUCUCCGACCGUAUGCAGAAGGAGAUCACUGCUCUUGCUCCUUCUUCCAUGAAGGUCAAGAUCAUUGCUCCUCCCGAGCGAAAGUACUCCGUCUGGAUCGGUGGUUCCAUUCUGGCUUCCCUGUCAACCUUCCAGCAGAUGUGGAUCUCCAAGCAGGAGUACGACGAGAGCGGUCCCUCCAUCGUCCACCGCAAGUGCUUCUAAGAAGCUACGCGAGGUCAAAGACAAAACCUCACAUCCUUCGCCAAUUACUCAUGCCAAGCUCAUGGAGUCGACAAAUCAUGCAGUGUCUCCAUG